GAAGCACUGAAGGUGUCAGUUGGGCUCCCGACGGUUCUACUUUUUAGCUCCCACAGCCAAACACAACUCUCAGCGAUUUUGACGCAAAUUUUGAACGUAAGGAAAAUUCGAGAAUCUAGAAGAAAAAUUUGCCAUUUUGCAUUCAGUUUUAAGUGACCUACUUUCAAAAUUGACUUUUGACAAAAGCGCGGGGCAUCUAUAUCGAGCAACAGGAUGCUGGGACUGCCAUUGCUGACUCUAGCGGUCCUCGCCAGCUGCGGCUACACCGUGGACGCCUACUCGAAGUACGGCCGUGGAUGCGGGGACAUUGGCUGCCUGCCCACCGAGGAGUGCGUCAUCACCAGCGACUCGUGCAGCUACAACCAGCGGGAUGGCAAGGAUUGCGGCAACUAUCCCACCUGCAAGCGGCGCUCCGGCGGAGGAUCGUCCGCCUCAAACAGCAGCCCUAACUUGGCGGCCAAUCCCUCGGCCAAUCCGUCAGGAUCGAGUCUGGGCCAGGGACCCGAGAACAACAUCUUUGCACCCGCCUCAUCGAAUCCCACGCUUAACACCUACACCUACAACAACCAUCAGCAACAGGGCGGCGAUGGCGGAGGCGGAGGCGAUGGCUACAACGGCAACGGCCAUGGGAACGGAAAUGGGAAUGGGAACGGAAAUGGUAACGCCGGAAACGGGGAUCGCGACAAAGGCGGCAAUGGCAACGGUAACGGCAAUGGGAACGCGGGGGCAGCGGGCUCCUCCUCGUCGGGCGUCAUCGAUCCGCACUACGUGUUCGGGGCCAAGCACCACAUGCCCGUCAUACCGAACAUGCCCAUCUUCCCGUACAACUCGCCCACGUCGGCGCCCUCGUUCCAGCAGUUCCCCCAACCCAACCAUCCAGGCAGCGUCCUCAAUCCCGGCUAUCCCAUGCACGGCCUGCAGCCGGUGAACCCGUACAAUCCGCCCUUCGUCUUUGGCCAGUUGCCAUUUUACGGCGGCGGCGGGCCGACCGGCACCGGUGGUCCGCCCGGCGGCGUUGGAGGCGGCGGCGGUAACGGCGGCGUCGGCGGCGGCGUCGGCCUGCCCAGCUCCACGCUGGGCAUCCUCGGCGGCGGCGGCGGCGGCCUGGCGCCCUACGGCAGCAACUUCCAGGGCUUUCAGAGCCAGCACUCCAACGCGAACAUGUACAACAAGCCGCCGCCGCAGUACCAGAACCAGAAUCAACAGAACCCCUACAACCGGCGCACCCAGGCCCAUCCCUCGGCAGCUGGCAGCUUGGGCGGCAUCGGUAUGGGGAUCGGGAGACCUGCGAUCCUAGUCGCAUGCCUCGUCCUGGCCCUCCUGCCCCACACGUAAUAAGCUGAGGCGGCAGCAGGAGCGGCACGGGCCACAACACGACGACCCCUGGCAAAUUGUCCCCCUGAAAAUAUGCUUUAAGUUCAAAGCAACCAUCACGGAAUGAACCCAUUUUCACUUUCUACUAACAACAAAUCAAAAGAGGUGCUCUCAUUUGAGAAAAAAUAUUAAAAUUGGUUUAGUUUUUGAUCGUACUACUUAUAUAUGUAUUAAAUAUAUAAAAUAAAAUAAGACCAUAAAUGCAUGGCAGUUAUCUGGAAAAGUAAUUCUUAGGCUAAAUAUUAAGUGAAAAUGGGAGCUCGCCUGAAAGUUGUAAAUUCAUUUUUUUGUUUUUAUUAGUUUCUAUAUUCUUCUGAUUUUUGUUCCCAUUUUUUACGAACAUUUUUAUUUGUCGUAGGCUUAAGAAAAAUGUAAAAACAGUAACAGCGGCAGUGGACAUAGCAAUUGUAUAUUUUAAGAUUUUAAAGUUAGCCAGCCAGCUAGUUAUGCGGGAAUUACUUAUUUCGAUGGUGAAAUAUAAAGUCACAAACACAAGUACUUUUAAUCGUUUGAGCUUAUGAAGUCAAUGUUUUUAUAAAGAGUUAAUUUUCAACUUGUUUACACAACUUGUAAGCAAUUUGUAGCCCUAUUUGCAGCUUUUGCAUAAUGACCAACACUUCGUAUACAGCAAGGAUAUCUCUAAAGAUAUGAUUUUAAAAUAUGAACUUUCUAUUUGUCGGCCAGCUUUGUUGUCUAGCCUUGCAUACUCAAUUUUCAGUAUACGUUUUAAUGGUUGACAGGAUAAAAGAGACAAUUAUUUUAAUAACUUUUGGUAGUCCACAAAUUUGUGUUCUUGCAAUCAUAUAAGUAAAAUAUGAAAUCUCCUAACAUAAUGAUUGCUUUUCGUAGCUUUCCACAACAAUUUAAGGUUUGUGUUUUAAUUACACAAGGCUUUGCCGUCUCUCGUUUCACGUGUUUGCGCAUUUUUUUUGUUUUGCUCGACCGCCUUUGCUGUCUGGCCCACACUGCGAAUACGUAAUUUCAAUUUAAUAUUGUGCAGGAGAGCGCCGGCGAGAGCUUGUGAGUGUGUUGUAGUGAAUGGGUGUGCGAACGGGUUCAUUUGUGUGUGCUUUUGGACUAUCAGUCAAGGGGAACUGCUCGCCGGCCCCUGGGAGUGUUCUUUUUUGCAGCUCAAUUAAAUUGGAAUUUAAUUUCGGGCUUAGACAGCCAGCCUCUGGUCAAAGGGGGCAAAGACUAACCGCCACACAUGGCUACAAAUAUACAACACAGAUACACAAACACACACACGCACAGAUACAUGCAUGGCUGGUUGGGCAACUUUGAUGUUAAUUUCAUUUUUGUUGAUGUUUCGAAUUUGCGGUCAGACGCCGGCGGAUCCAGGGCUUUUGAUGCUGCUGCUACUGCUGCUGCUACUGCUACUGCUACUGCUGCUGCUGCUGCAACUGCUGUUGCAGUCAGAUACAGAUACAGAUACUUAGAUGGAUAGAGUUGUAGAUACAAGAUACGCAUGUCAAUCAAAAUGCAUAAUGAGCUACAUUCGAGGGCGGUGCACCAAGUGCGCUGCGGUCAAAUCAGAUUCGUUUUUUUUUUUUUUGUACGACUACGAAUAUGAAUAAAUAAUCACUGAAGCAAGUUAAAUGGCAUUUUAAAAACAAAAAAACAAAAGAAUUAAGCUAGCCUAAGGUGUUCAAAACUAAUCUAAAGUAAAAACUGAAAACUAAGCUGUAAGUGCUGCAAACUCCCAAAA